UUUUCAGGGACCCCUGUAAACAACUCCCUUGGGCCCCCUAUUGAGAACCACUGCUCAAUCGACAUAAUUUUUAGGCUAUGAAAUGCCUAAUGAUAGUCUAGUGAACAGUGACAAAGUUCAAAGUAACAUUCACACAAGAUGAUUGUGAGAGUAAAAUCCAAAUCAGUCAGGAACGUCACACCAAGGGUAGAUGAUGUCAUUCAUAUAUCAUUACUUUGAAAGUAUGGAUGGGAUGGGGAGGAGGGAGAGCUUACAUUUGUAUUAUCACUGCGCAUGGCCAAUUCCCAAACUAGCCUCUCCCUUCUACGACGCUUCAGUCUGCCCUCACAUUCUGCGCUUGCGUAUUAUCAACCUAGCGGCGGCAGGGUAGGGAGAAUCGGUGGGAGUUAGCUAGGUGUGUAAUGGCGGCUUCGGUGUUGUUGUCUGCGGAGAACACUGGACCGACUUUUGCGGUCGGUAAUUCUGGAGUGGUAGGGGCUCCCGGUAAUGGAGUAGGGGCACCGGGUCCUGCGUCUUGGAAUCGGUCUCUGGACAGGGCAUUAGACGAAGCCUCGGCAACUGGUUGUCUCAACCUCAGCGGCAGGAAACUGAAGGAGUUCCCGAGGAGCGUCUCCAACCACGACCUCACAGACACAACUCGGGCCGAUCUGUCCCGUAACCGUCUGCCAGAACUGCCCGUGGAGGUGUGUAUGUUUGUCUCUCUGGAACACCUUAACCUCUACCAGAACUGCCUGCGCUCGCUGCCUGAGAGUCUUCUCAAUCUCCAGGCCCUCACCUACCUGAACAUAAGUCGAAACCAGUUGUCGACCCUGCCCAGCCCGGUGUGCAGUCUGCCAUUGAAAGUCCUGAUCGCCUGUAACAACAAGCUGGUCUCCCUUCCCGAAGAGCUGGGCCAACUACUACAGCUCACAGAACUGGACGUGAGUUGUAAUGAGAUCCAGACACUGCCUCCUCAGGUUGGUCGACUGGACUCGCUGCGAGACCUUAACAUCCGCCGCAACCACCUGGCCCGCUUGCCCCCAGAGCUGUCUGAGUUGCCCCUGGUGCGUCUGGACUUCUCUUGUAACAAGGUGACAUCCAUCCCUGUGUGUUACCGCAACCUGCGCCACCUACAGAGCAUCGUGCUGGACAACAACCCACUACAGAACCCACCUGCACAGAUUUGUAUAAAGGGGAUGAUCCAUAUAUUUAAGUAUCUGAACAAUGAGGCCAACAAGACUACACCUGAGCUCCCAGACUACGACAGGAGACCCAUCCCCUUCGGAUCCUGUGUGGAGGAGCUGUACCCUGGCCGGCCAUAUGGCGCACUGGACUCUGGCUUCAACAGCGUGGACAGUGGAGACAAGAGAUGGUCAGGCAACGAGCCCACGGAUGAGUUGUCGGACCUGCCACUGCGUGUGGCAGAGAUCACCAAAGAACAGAGACAGCGGCGUGAGAGGGAGGAGCACAGGGCGUCUGGCUCCCAUCCUGUGACCAACGGCACAUGUGAGAAUCAAGUAGAGGGAGAGCUGGAGCAGAUAGACUUUAUAGACAGUUGUACGGGAGAGGAGGAAGAGGAGGGUAGGAGAGGAGAAGUAGCAGAAACCAUCAGCCUCAGCUCCCAGUUCAUGGCAUACAUCGAGCGCCGCAUCACUGGAGAGAGCUCUCCAGUCAAGUCCAACUCCUCCAGAGACUCAAGGACAGACGACCCGAGGCGACACAAUUCUCUGCAGAACAGGACUGCACAUGAUCCAGCCUCUUCUGCCUCUCAUAAUCAGAGAGGGGCUGGGGUUGGUGCGGGUCCGAGCGGGGCGCCGGGUGGGGGCGUGGAGCGUGUGCGGAGGAUGGCCCAGUUGGCCGCCCUGCGGUACGAGGAGGAAAGGCAGAAGUCACGCUCAGUGCAGCGGGAUGCCGUCAUGACCUACGUCAAGCACAAAGUGUCUCAAAGUCCUACCAAGCUGAGUCCCACGGAGAACGAGAACGCGUACCCCUCCAGGCGUUCCACCCACACGGACGACUCAGCCCUCUUCAUGAGCGAGUACCAGCCUCGCAUGGUGUUUGAGGUAGACACUGACACCAACACCAUAAAGAGGAAGCCUGGCACUCACAAGCAGUCUCUUACUGUGUCUGGGAUGUCCAUAGAUGGGCGUCUCUCCUAUCCUGACGAUAUUUUCCCCACGUGUCUACUGCAGCAGGGCGAGGAUCGCUCCUCCUCCCUGUCUCCCACAGCCCUCCAAUCACCUUCUUACCCCGGCCCUGUUACUCCGCCCUCCUGCUGGGGACCCGCACAGAGGCCCGACAGCUUCUUGUUUCGCCUCAGCCAGAAGGAAGAGCAGAGGAGAGGUGAUGGUUCUGCCCCCAGGUCGGAGCCUGAAGAGGUGACCCCUACCCAGCCUCAAGGCCCCAUGGGAGAGGAGGCUGCUCUGGUGGAGCAACUGCGGAAGAACAUCGAAUCGCGUCUGAAAGUGUCCUUGCCAAGCGACCUAGGAGCAGCACUGACCGACGGGGUCGUGCUCUGCCAUCUAGCCAAUCACGUGCGGCCACGAUCCGUACCCAGCAUCCACGUGCCCUCCCCUGCUGUGCCCAAACUGACGAUGGCCAAAUGUCGGCGGAACGUGGAGAACUUUCUGGAGGCGUGUCGCAGGAUCGGGGUUCCACAGGAGAGGCUUUGCACAGUGGAGGAGGUUCUGGAUGGCCGGGGAGGCUGUGUUUACGGGACGCUGGGGGUCCUGCUCUCCAUGGCUCCUCCCCCCCUCCUAAUGCCUUCUCCCCCGGCCCAGCUGGCAGGCUUCGCCCUCUUCUAUCUGUCCAUCAUGUCUGUACUGUGUGCCCUGUACUGCCACCUGGUGCCCCACCUCUGAACUGUCUGUCUGGACAACACAAUCCCUUCCUCACCUUCAUCGUCCCACAACAAACUGACUCUCUACCACUUGUGCACUCGCGCUCGCUCGCUCGCUCGCACACACACACUAUCUCAAACACACACACACCACUCGCACUCCUCUGUACUUCUCAUUUCAUAUUGCGGUGUUUUCCAUCAAUGCAGCAGUAUCUAUUCAGACACAGCAGUCAGCAGAACUCAACAAGGGAAAAACACAAGAAUGAGUGGACCACUCCCUCUCUUAGUACCACUCUGCCUUAACAAAGAGGAGCGCCUGCAGCUGCCUGGUUUGCCAUCCACUGAAAAGGGCACAACUCCAUAUGCCAAAUACCAUAUAGUAGGUUUUAUCUUUUGUUCCAGUUGCUUGUUGGGGAAGGUUACUUGCAUCUCCUCAAGGAGUGGCGAGGUGGACCUUCAAUGCUCCCUCGUAACCCUUCUGUCAUGUACGGGCACUGCCCCCAUUGAGAGAGACAGCGAGACCCUGUAGAUUGCUGUGUUGUCACUGAACUGUCCGCUACUGUACCUACCUACUGAACCUCCUCCUGUGCCUUAAGUUUGUCCGUGUGCCGGUGUGUGUGUUUUAGAUGGAACCUUCCCACCCGAAAGCGCUUCCAUUGCACAGAUAACAUCAAAGUAGGAGUGCUUGUCAUAUGUAGCCUACGUGCUGCUUCCUCCCUCCUCCGGCCCCUGAGAAGAACCAACCACGAGUAAUCUGACUAAUCAGAUUGCGCUUCUCUUCUCUCCUGACUCUAGCACAGCUUAGCCUAAGCUGCAAAGUCAGUCUGAAGUUUUUGCCUAAUCAAAAAGAGAGCAGGUCGGCAAGGGUCAUUUGUUAGCCUUUGAGUCUUUGCUGACGCACAAUCAAGUAUCCUACAGGAACCUUUUUUUUCCUUGACCGUCUGUGAUCCAGCCCCCCUCUCAGUCAUAAUGCUCAUUUUGUGGCUCUGGGGAGAUGUUUCCCCUAGAUACAGAUUUACGAUCAGCUACACCUCCCCAAUCCUAACCUUUAAAGAGGAACUGAAACGCUCAAAUCAACCUACAUUUUACAAUUUUAUGUUCUGAAAAUACUUUUUAAACAUAAUAUGAUACAGUCUUUUAGAGUGCCUAGCACAAGCUUAUUUUAUCUUUAUUUAACUAGGCAAGUCAAUUAAGAACAAAUUCUUAUUUACAAUGACGGACUAGGAACAG